AUUAUACUCUUUGUUUAGUCGGCCGAACAACCAAAACAAAUAAAUUUGUAAAGAUUUAUGUAUUCCCUUAUCAAUUUCUUUGUGUUCUUGAUUAAUUAACUAUGGCUGAUGCUCCCUCAAAAGUUAUACCUGGGCUACAGCAACAGAAAGUGUUUAAAAUCAUUGUUUUGGGCGAUUCCGGAGUUGGAAAAACUUGUCUGACUUACCGCUUUAGUGAGCGGCAGUUUUUAGAUAAAUCUGAGGCAACUAUUGGCGUAGAUUUCCGAGAGAGAACCGUUAAGAUCAAUAAUGAAGACAUUAAACUUCAGCUGUGGGAUACUGCAGGUCAAGAGAGGUUCCGCCGGUCCAUGGUCUCCUACUACUACAGGAACGUUCACGCCGUCGUCAUCGUGUAUGAUGUCACUAAACCAGAAACCUUCCAUUCAAUAGCAAGUUGGAUCCAGGAGGUGGACCGUCACGGGCUGAUGGGCACCCCGCGCGUGCUGGUCGGCAACAAGUGUGACUGCGGUACUCCCGAGUCAAGGCUGGCCACCGCAUAUGCUCAGAGAUUGGCCGACAAAUAUGGCAUGCCGUUGUUUGAAACAUCGGCCCUGCUGGACUCCGAGUGCAACAAUGUGGAGGCGAUCUUCAUGACCCUCGCUCACAAACUGUACUCCAAACAACCAUUGAGGCUAAUCACUGUAGAGGGCGAGCCGGGACACUCGCGAGUGAAGCUUCGACCGCAGAGGUCAGAGCUGGCCGCGCCCGCCGCCACCGACCACUGUCUGUGCAGCUAAGUCACGAAGCUCUUACACAUGACAUGAUCUCUCCCAUGUAGCGAGCGUAAGUCGAGUUGCACAGCGUCUUUGUCGACGUAGAUAUGUAUAAAUGAUAUUGAGAUAUUAAACUGGUAAGGUUUAAUCUAGUGAAAUAAAACACAAUAGAAUUUCUAUUGUAUUUACGCCGAUAUCGCGACCACUGGAUGUAAAUUGUUUAUGCAUGUUUCACCAAUCACGUCGCAGAGUUUAUGGUGUAUCACGAUAUGGUGACGUAUAUUUACGUCGAUAAUGGUGCCGUGCAGCGGUGACUGGAGGAAAUGUAGAUAGCCCUGAAGAAACACGAAUCAAUAUUUACACCAGGGCACCUAGAAAUUAUGUAGCCAAGUAGAUAUGUUAUUCUUAUUUACAUUAUUCCCAAAUUAUUUAUUGAAAUGUUUCUAUAUAUUUUUAUAAUUACAUAAACCAAAAGAUACGUAGUUAUGAAGUCUUUAUUCAGCCAGUGCGAUGUGUACCAGUGCGUUACUAUCUAAUCAUUUAGUGGAAUUGGGCAGUACAUAGAUAAAUGAAUGUCCUUCCCUAAACAUUCCGGAUAAGAAUAAUAGACCUACCAUAAACAAGGAUACAUGAAAAUGUUAUCGAAAAUGAGAAAUGAUACAAAAUGGAAAAUAUUUUUUACCCAUUGUACGAGUUACAUUUUUGGUUAUUAACUACGCCAUUAUGAUUCGAUGAAUGGAUAAUUCUUAUAUGAUCUCAAUUAUACUUAAUUGCAUUUAUAUUUUCCAAAAUAAUGAAUUCCAAUUUCUUAGCUCUCUACAGCUGGCUACAUGUAAUUCCAUUAGAUAGUAAUCCAAUAGUAGAUAUGUUUAUUUAAAUAAGUAUGCUUUAAGAGUCUUUAGUCUUUAAUAAAAAAAGUUAAGAUACAUUACAAAGUCCAUGACUGUAAAAUUUUAAUUAAGUAAUUGUUAAUAAUUUAUAUCUUUACUCAAAAAUAUACCUACUUAUUGUUGCUGAAAAAAACUUGGAAAGUGUGAUUAUGCACAAAGGUUCUAUUACAGAGAUCUAACGCCCCCAAAAUAAAUAGUUGUAAAUUAAGUAUAAAAGGUAAAUACCUACUAGUAUAACUGUUGUAUUGUGUAAAAAAUAUAUUUAUUUUGAAUGUUAUUUUCUAUGGGCGAGUAGCCAAUGCAGCCAAAUUAUGUAAAGAGUGAAAUUGCCAAUGUAUAGUUAAGGUAAUUUAAGAUAAAACUUCUAUGUUGUAAAUAAAAUGUAUUAAUCUUGUUUUAAAUAAAAUAUCGAUAACGUUAAAAUAA